AAAAAGAGGCUGAGUGGAACCGUUUUUUUGAGUAUCAGACUCUGUCAACAUGUGUUGGAAUAGCAUCUGUUAGUAGUGAAAUAUUGCCUGCUGUUGACCAUAUACUCUUAGAAUACUUGAUGCUACAAAUUCUUUCUAUUGAGCUCGACUUAUCAGUAAUUGGAUUGGAUGACGAGAAUGAGAAUGUAGAUGAUCGAUUUACAGAAGAUGUUUAUGACACGAAGCAGAUUUUACUUAAGUCAAUGAUAUCAAAA